CUUUUUGAUCGACUGUUGUUCGAAUCGAAGUCUGGUCCAUCCGAGGAAGGUUCUUGAUCGACGCGCACGCCUCGAUGGUACAGCUUCUUCGACCCUUCACCGAUCCUACCUCUUCCCUUCGGCCAUUCCAAGGCCUCCAGUGACAUGCCUAAACGUGGUGCAGAAGAUUAUAUAACCAAAGAGCACGGUACUAUACCAAACAACGCUGGAGGUGACGACAAGGUCAAAAUGUCCACCGCUGCUCAACAAGCGCGAAGAAAAAUCGCAACGCCCAGAGGUAGAUUAGGUGCCAACCGACCUCAUUCCUCGAUGGCCGGGACGAACACUUUCGGACAAAGCACGCAACAACAGCAACCCUUUCCCACGAUGAAUGGUGGCACAAGUUUCGGCACAAAUAUGUCGUUCCCUCAAACCGGUUCGAACACGAACAGUGGCUUCAAUUUUCAGCCUCCCCAAUCGAGUUCCUUCACGUUCGGCGCGCCGACAGGUACUCCAAAUCCGUUUGCGACGCUGAAUGGGACAGGGGGACCAGGAAACAGCCAACAGGGUGACAUUGCAAUGGAGUCUCCGCAGAAGAAGGCAGCAACUGGAAAUACUUUUGGCUCAAGUUCUGGAUUCAGUUUUGGCCAGACAACAAAACAACCAUCAGGCUCAGGGUUCUCUUUUGGUGGGACACAAAGCACACAACCUGCUGCAAACGGCACAAACCCCUUCAAUGCGGUGUCCAAGCCAGAUGACUCUGCAGCCCCGGGAAAUCCUUUCGGUCAGCCCUCACAACCUCAACCUGCUUUUGGUGGUUUUGGUCAACCUACGCAAACACAGUCAUCAGGCUUCACCUUCGGCCAGAGUACAAGCACUCCAGCUCCUGCCGUGCCAGCAACAACAACGCCGAGCUUCAGUUUUAGUCAAAACACGAGUACUCCAGCUCCUGCUACAACAGCCCCUAGCUUCAGCUUCGGCCAAACUACCGCGACCCCUCAAUCUGCGUUGCCUGCAUUUUCCUUUGGACAAGCAAGCACUACAACACAACCCGAGGCGCCCAAAGAAGCACCGAAAUUCUCUUUUGGUCAGCCUCCUGCAACGACAGAAAGUCAAUCCAGCGGACCCGGUUUCGGAUUUGCCUCACCAGCUGCAACUCCAGCAAGUAAACCAGCGUCGACCUUCUCAUUCGGCCAGACACAACAAUCUGCAGCACAGAGCACAUCCUUCACAGGUUUUGGUGCAAAGAGUGGAGAGACAAAACCUGCAUCUUCAUUGUUUGGCUCGUCUACGACUACCCCACAAUCUGCAGCCACCGAGCAGCGCAGUCAAUCCCCAGAAAAAGCUGCUACUCCAGAACCAGAGAAAAGUGCCACAAAUCCAUUCGCAAGUUUAUUUGCUGGCUCUAGCGGUGCAUCACCUGCCCCCGUCUCGCAACCGGCUUUCAGCUUUGGCGCACCUUCGACGUCGCCAACCCACAACGCGACGGGGUCGAGCAGUAUGCCAUCAAAGCCAACAUUCAGCUUCGGUGCAAUCAACCAAGCAUCGACGCCAGCUGCAGGUACCACAGAGCCAAAAUCAUCAGACACCAGGUCGACAUUCUCGUUUGCACAAAUUGAAUCUACGCCCAACGCUCGGGGACCUCAAGAAACCGUGGGAGGUAGUGUUGGAGAAGAAUGGAGCAAGGGACAGGAGGAUAAGACCACAUCUACAAAGCCAAUGUUUGGGUUCGCGCAAUCUGCUUCGCCUGCACCGAUUAGAGAGCUAUUUCCUCCUGCGAAGCCAGAUGACAAGCCAGAAGGAAUGUCUCAGUUCUCUGCACUUGCAAAGGAUUCAACAAAGGGUGUAAAUUUUGGUGGAAUGACCGAACCUCGUUCAUACCCUAGGACUCACACACCUUCUAAAGAGUCGGGCUCGAUCCAGAAACCACUGUUCGGUGCUCCUGCUCAGCAGACCCCUCGAACGGAGAAACCCAGUCCUGCACCAACUUUUUCAGCACCCACCACAGACAAAGUCACUGAAGAUACCACUAGCCCAUCUAUCUUCUCAAAGGACAGCACGACCAUCAAAGGCCAAGGAUCAGCUGGGAAAGCAGCAGAUACCGUCUCAGCGGCGGAACCUUCGAAGCAUCCGGUGUACACGAAAGGGUCUCCGUUUUUUCCUGGCCAUCUUGACGCAAAGAAGUUUCAAGAAUACGACCGGGAUUAUCGUCUGCACUCAUUGAAUCGUGAGUUGCAGAAAAGAAUUGCUGCGUUGGACCCCUCCGUUCAUGACUUUGGCAAUAUAAUUCGACAUUAUGUUGCAGCACGCGACGGCAUUGGUGCUUCAUUGGGCCUCUACAAGAGAAGCUUCGCGGGCACUAAACGCAAGGGUGACGACGUCGAUGAUUACGAUGAUGAACCUCCCAGCAAGAGAACUCGCCCUGGUGACAAUGAACAAGCCCAGCCUCCACAACCUGCAUCUAUUCCUAAACCUUCCGGUGGCCCCUUUACACCUCAGCCCUCCAGCUUCAAAGCUGCGUCAACUACUCUUUUCCCACCCUCGGGCGCAGAGUCUUCAUCCAAGGCAGCGUCUUUGCUCAGCAACAUGAUUCCACAGUCUGCGCCAGCCAAAAGUGCGCAGGCAGCUACGGCGUUCAAUCCGAGCGCUUCAUCGGCUGCUGCCGAGGAGACGAGUUCAAGCGUUGCUGCUAACCCCUUCGCGUCAUUGAAGACCCAGAGUACUGGCCACAGUUCUGGAUUGGCCUCGUCAACUUCGACUACACCCACGAAACCACCACCAAAGAAACCGACUUUCGAACUUCCAAAAUUUGGGGGUGGCGGUACAAAUUUCAUGAGUGCUUUUGGUCAGCAGGCGAAAGUCAACGCAGAAAAAUUUGAGAAGAGUCUUAUGGAGAAGCGUAAAGCUGAAGAUUUUGAUUCAGAUGAAGAUGACGAGGAACAAUUCCAGAAGCAGCUUGAUGAAGAGGCGAAAGCUAAGCGGGCUAAGAUUGAUGCCAUUGCUAAAGGGGGUUUCACCCCAUCGUUCACUCCAUCGACCAAGUCGGCUCCGUCAACCCAGCCAAAAGCAGACGAAACUCCAACAUCUACCUUUGGCGGGUUCAAGCCCUCUGCUUCGAAUCCAUUUGCAGCCCUGAACUCAACGGAAACCAGCGAAGACCAUUCGCAGGCUGAAGAUGAAGAUGAAGAGGCUAGCGCGUCACCAGCCAGCGGCGACGAAGAUGGCGAUGAAGAGACUCAGGAAGAUGAAGGCACGGAAGCUCAAAACGAUGAUGAUGAAGAGGCAGAAGAAGAUGAUGACGAUGAUGACAACGAUUUCCAGACUGCUAUGGCGAAGUCUAGGAAUAGUGCAAAUGCAGGCAGGAGCUUGUUUGAUCGAAUCGAGCCGAAUCCGAACAAGCAAGACUCUACAUCAAAUGCUGAGGAGAACACCAACGCCUCGACAGAUGAAGCGCCCACUGCACAAGCAGCAAACAAGCCCACUUUCUCAUCUUCCGGCUUUGGAUUUCAAGCUGGCAAGUCUACCCCUGAGACCCCCUCAUUUUCACCUAACACUCCGGCUACUGGUACUUACAAGCCUUCCACUACCUUCACCUUCACUCCGACACCGCCAGCAUCAUCUUCUACGCCAACUCCAGGAGCUUCCAUAUUUGCUGGUGGUUUGACCAAAGAGGGUCCUGUCCCAGGUGAAGGAUUAUUUGGCUCCCGGCCAAGCACGCCCAGUAAUGGCGAGAAGUCUAGUAAUCUGGCCAGAUCAGUGCUAACUUCGCCCGCGGGAACUGACAACACCUGGAAACAGGGUGGCGCAAUUUCCUUCGCGAACGGCGAGAAAAACGCUGAUGCACCUAGCUUCAAGUUCACCGCACCGUCGCCGGGAAAAGAGACGCCAAAGCCAUUUGGAUCUCUUUUCGGCACGCCGGCUCCGGGCGCGAAACCUUCAGAUACACCUACUGUUGGAUUUCAAUUCGGGGCUCCAACUUCAACACCAGCUCCAGGGUUUCUGGGUGCUGUCACGCAUCUUGGCGGCGGAUCUGCCACGAGCUCUGCCAUGUCUUCUCGUGCCACCUCACCUGGCUUGACAGAUAACGAGUCUAAUGCUACCAACGAUACGGAAGAAACGAAUGACGAGCCACAAGUGACACUGAUGGAUUCACGAACAGGUGAAGAGAACGAAACGUGUCUCUGGGAAGGCCGCUCGAAAGCUUUGAUGUUUGUCAACAAGGACAUCGCCCAAGGGACCAAAUUGACCCCGAAUGAUUGGAAUUCGAUGGGCGUUGGUGUUCUCCGUGUCCUUAAGGACAAGACAACAGGCAAAACACGCGUCGUUUUCCGAGUAGAACCUAGUGCUUCUGUCCUCAUCAACUCCCACCUUCUCGACAGCGUCACGUACGAGAACGUGGCGUCGAACAAGAGCGGCGCCGUCCGUGGUGCUCUCUUUUACAAAGGAAACCUGGCUCGAUGGGUCUUCAAGGUCAAGACUCCAGAAAUGGCCAGCGAACUCUCGACCACCAUGGAGGAGAACAAAAAGUCGAAUUGAUUUUAUAUUUCUUGUAUUAAUCUCUUUUCUUUGUCAACAUUGACUACUUUUGUGUUUUGUUUUUAUAGCUCUUGUACUUUUCCCCCACAAUGCACAGCGGAGGAGUUCUUGGCUUUUUUUUGCAAUACUGUACAGAACAACAGAACGAGUUUCCUCUUCUUUCUUUUACAAGCCCCUCGUUGGAAGCCGGAACGGGAAGCCGAGUCUCCGUAUAGGGGGUGACGGACAGGAAGGAAAGUGCCCUUGGGCCUGGCCGGGGGCUGGGUGAAUCUAUCUUCAAUUGACUGGACUGGACUUUGCCUCAGAGGGUCAAGAAGACUUUUGAGGAGUUGGUAUACUCCGUAGAUAUGAGGAAAAAUUAAUGUAUGUGUCAAAAGCAAGGGUCAUUAAACAUGUCUGCUGGGGGGCCGUAAUUGACGAGCUUUAUACGGAAUUGCUAUCCUUAUACGACUGGUAAAUGCCACUUAUCACGCACAAACAGGAG